CCUCACUCUGACUGGACAGAAGUGGGCAGCACGCCGGUUCAUCGAAUGAAGGCAGUUUCUCGUCCUUGCUUCUGAGCGGAAAAACUCGUUUAUGCCACCGUCUUUUUGGGUCGGACUUCCUUCGGAAAUACUUAUUCCUAUUUCUCUUCAAAAUGUCAUAUUGCCGAAGUCAAGGGAAGGACAAGAUAAUCUUUGUUACCAAGGAUGACCAUGAAAAGCCUGCAAUGGUGGAGUUUGAACCCAGCCACGAUGAUGAAGAACCAAAAGGUUUGAUUCUUUCAAAUGGAGAGAUAAAUUGGAACUGCCCUUGCCUUGGAGGAAUGGCCACAGGACCUUGUGGAGUUGAGUUUAGAGAGGCCUUUUCUUGCUUCCAUUACAGCAAAGAAGAGCCAAAAGGUAGCGACUGCUUUGAAGCCUUCAGCACUAUGCAGGACUGCAUGUCCAAGUAUCCCACAGUGUACAAGAAGUUUGACAAUGAUGAUGAUGAUGAAGACACUGAGGAAAUUGGAUCAAUGGUUGAAGCUGCCACCUCAAAGGAGGACAACACUCCUCCCAGCCCAAUGAAAGCAGAGACCUCAAGUGCAUCAUCUUCCACAAAGAAGGAAAAGACAUGAGUGCCUCUGUAGUUAGUUACAAAUAUGACUGAUGUAGGCAUACUUGACUGCUAGUGUUGUGUCCCAGCCAAGUGUAAUCUCAAAUGUCGGCUCUUCACAAGCUCUUGCUCAGUAUUUUUCACAUCCUUGUGUUCUUCAUCAGCCUCUCUUGGUCACACUGAUGUGGUUGGUGCUACCCUUCAGAUCAACAUCAGAGCAAUAUUCUUUUCAUUAUUUCCAACAUACAGUCACUGGCAGAGUAAAUGAAAGC